AUGAACUCAUUCGCUGCGACCAUUGCCAUCAUGGAAGCAUACGAUCCUGUCUUUACGCGUCUCGGCUCGGGGCAGGUUGAAGACCUCACCAGCAGAAGAAUAGUGCCCGAAUUCAUCCCGCUGCCAUUGCUAGCGGCAGGCGGUCAUCUGAAGAUCAUCGAGUCUGUUCUGGCUCAGGGAGUCCACCCAGACGCAGCCUGGGGCCAGGAGAAAACAGCCCUCUUCGAGGCGGUCCAUAAUGGGCAUCUUGACGUCGUUGAGCUUGUUACUCAGUAUGGUGCAGACCCAAACACGGUCUGUGACGGAAGAACGCCGCUGUGCACCGCUGCAUCAAAGGGAUUUAUUGAAAUCGCCGAGUUCCUCCUGGAUAACGGGGCCAGUGUAACCCAGACAUUUUACUACAAAUGCACCCCUUUGCACGCCGCCGUCAUCUACAACAAUUCAGAGGACAACAAUAUGAACACGCCGCUCCAUUGGGCUGCCUCACUGGACCUUGACGACAUGACACAGCUGCUUCUAGAAAACGGGGCUGAUAUCGAGGCUCGAAUCGACCAAGGAGCAACUGUUCUCUCCUCAGUAGUGACCUUCAACUUCAAACGCAGGGUGGAGUUCCUUCUCGACAAGGGUGCGAACAUGGAGACAGAAGAUAACAGCGGAAACACCCCUCUCUCUUUGGCUGCAAAGUACAAUCACCCCAAUAUCUUCAAGCUGCUUCUAGAUAGAGGAGCAAACCCCAACACCAAGAACGAAGGUGGAGAGACACCCCUCAUCCACACAGUCAGGCAUAACAAGGUUGCAAAUGCAAAAAUUCUUCUCCAAAAGGGAUCAACGUUGAUGGACUGCGAUAAGGCCGGCUGGACGGCCUUGAGCUAUGCAGUUCACGAACGCAAUGUCCAAUUAGCCAGGAUCCUUUUGGAGCAAGGUGGGUGUCAGUUGGUAAAAUCAAGCAACCUGGAGUCUGCAGCACGAAUUGGCCAUCUGAAAAUGCUUGAGCUUCUUGUCGGGUACGGGUGGGAUAUCGAGACGAGAGAUCCUCAUGGUUGGACACCUCUCACCAUCGCAUUACACACCAACAACUCCAAAGUCGUCCAGUUUCUGCUCAAAAGGGGAGCUAACUCAGGAGUGGAGGUAUACGGCCGCAGCUCGGUUCAUAUAGCAGCCCAAAACGGAGAUUCGGCCAGCAUGAGACUCUUAUUAGAGAAAGGGGAAGAUAUCGAGGCCAUGACCGCAUCUGGUCGGACCCCUCUAUUCGCCGCUACGGCGUCAGGUUCUUUCAGAGCGCUGAGAGUAUUGCUGAAGAAUGGGGCGGACGUUUCGGUUAAGAUAAAGGAAGGGAAAACUGCACUUAUGGUUGCCGCCCGUCUUGGUCUGAGCAACAACGUCCGCAUAUUACUACCGUACGGGGCUGCCUUGGACGAGGAGACGACAGAUGGAUGGACUGCGCUUACUUUGGCAGCGGUAAAUGGACGUACUAGUGUUCUAACCCAACUCCUUGAUCGGGGAGCCGAUCUGAACAUACCUGACCUGAGAGAUUCUACAGCGCUUCACCUGGCUUCAAAGUGUGGGCGCACCAACGCCGUCAGGAUAUUACUUGAACGAGGUGCAAACCCCCAUCUCAAAAACAACAACAAACAGACCCCGCUGCACUUCGCAGCUCCUUUUGGCGACGUAAAUAUCGUGCAGCUACUCGUCGACCAUGGCGCAAGUCCUGAAGCACAAGACGUGUAUUCUUCAACUCCAAUUGAUUCGGCCCAAAUUCUUGGCCAUCACUAUAUCGCAAAGCUAUUACGCAGAGCAGCGGGCCGGCGCAAGAGUGUUGCACACGGUAACAUCACACCGCUGCACCGGGCGGCAGCCGCUGGCCUUUCCUCCCAGGUGAAGAGAUUGGUAGAGGAUGGUUCAGAUAUUGAAGCCCAAAAUGAAAAUGGACUCACGCCACUGGCUCACGCCGUACAGGCCGGCCGUAAGCUCAUAGCAUCGUAUUUGAUCUCAGUGGGAGCCGAUAUAGAGGCGAAGUCCGCCGACGGGGAUAGCCCUCUGUUCCUAGCCUCAGCUGUCAUGCCGCCGCUUAUGAUGAAAUUCCUACUGGGCAAGGGAGCGAACAUUGAAGCUUCCAAUAAGGCGAACACCACACCCUUAGGUUGGGCUGCACGUCGAGGAUACUUGCAGGCUGUCAAGAUAUUAACUAAAGCUGGGGCUGACUUCGAGGCCACAGAGAGAGGCGGAUGCACGCCAUUGCUGAUGGCGGUGGAGUUUGACCAUAUAGAAGUACUUGUAUAUCUUCUCAAGAACGGAGCCAAUGUUGAUGCAAAGGAUAUAUUAGGCCAGACUGCGUUGCAUUUGGCCGCUAAGUUCGGCUACCGCAAACUGGCUUGGCUGUUGUUAGGACGAAGAGGAGAAGCAGACGGGCUUUUGAUUGAGCCUGACACUCGAAUCCAAAAGACUCCUUUGACUGAUAUUUCCAAGGACUCCAGAGCUCUACCCAAGAAAGAUGAGCAAUUUGCGACAGUGAAAAGAUGGGAAGGGACGGACACCUCUCUUUUAUGCGGCUGA